CUGCCGCUCCGCUCUCCUCCGGGCUGAGGCGGUCGGUGGGGCUCCUGGUACUGGGGUGACGAGCGGGGGCUGUCGUGGUCGUCCAGUGCCGCCACCGCCACCAUGUCGGAGCCGGGGCACUUGGGGGUGAAGCGUGCCGAGUCGGCAAAGCUGCGGCGCGCGGAGCAGCUGAAGCGCUGGAAGGGCUCCUUGACCGAGCUGGAGCCGGUGACUCCUGCCCGGAGCCGGCACCGCGGCGGGCCCCGCGUUCGCUUCGAAGACGGCGCCGUCUUCCUGGCCGCCUGCUCCAGCGGGGACACCGACGAGGUGAAGCGCUUGCUGGCCCGCGGAGCCCGGCUCAACACGGCUAACGUGGAUGGGCUGACGGCGCUGCAUCAGGCCUGUAUAGAUGAGAACCUGGACAUGGUAAAGUUUCUGGUAGAAUAUGGAGCCAAUGUAAAUCAGCAAGAUAACGAGGGCUGGACCCCACUUCAUGCGGUUGCAUCUUGUGGCUAUCUGAACAUAGCAGAGUACUUGAUAAGUCAUGGGGCCAAUGUAGCUGCUGUGAACAGUGAAGGUGAAGUCCCAUCUGACCUUGCAGAGGAAGCAGCCAUGAAGGAUCUGCUCUUAGAACAAGUAAAGAAACAAGGAAUUGAUAUUGAUCAGUCAAGGAAAGCAGAAGAGCAACAAAUGCUGCAGGAUGCACGUCAGUGGCUAAACAGGAGGAAAAUAGAAGACAAAAAGCAGCCUCGAACUGGUGCUACUGCUCUCCAUGUAGCUGCAGCUAAAGGCUAUUCUGAGGUGAUGAGGCAAUUUCUGGGAGAUAGAUUUUUGGAUAGGAUGGGAAUGGAGAUUCAGAUGAACAAUCGUUUAGUGAGCAUGAGAAAGUGUGACAAACGAGGUCAGACGCCAUUUGAUGUUGCUGAUGAGGGUUUGGUUGAGCACUUAGAGAUGCUGCAGAAGAAACAGAAUAUGCUGCGUAGUGAAGAGACAAGAAACAAACUGAUUGAAGCCGAUAUGAAUGGGAAACUUCAGAGUGGACUCUUCAAAAACAAAGAGAAGAUUCUUUAUGAGACAGAUACGCUGAAAUCUCUACAAAGAGAAGAGGAAAACAAAGAGUCAAGUAGCUCCAGUUCGGAGGAAGAGGAAGAAGCUGAGGAAGAUGAAGCUUCAGAGUCAGAUACUGAAAAAGAGGCAGGGAGGGAAGAAGAAUCUACUGUUAAUUAUUCCAAUCAUGAACCUGGAAUUCUCAUUACAGAACAAGUGCCACCACCAGAGCAUAACUCAUUCACUAUGGCUCCUGCCAGGAAAUUUUCCCCAUUGCUCAACAAGUCUGAAGAGCAAAAGGAUGAAUCUCCCUCAUCAUGGAGGCUAAGUCUGCGGAAAACUAGCAGCCAGAACACCCUCAGUGAAGGCAGUGUCCCUCGUGACACACUAAGAGAAAAGUCUGACUCCAUUUAUCGCUCCUCUUCAACCCCUCGAAUUUCUGCACUAUUGGACAACAAAGAAAAGGACAAGGACAACAAAAUCUAUUUUGCUUCAGUAUCCCCUCGAAGGUUAAACAGUGCAGGUGACAUAGAAGAAAAGGAAAAUCGGUAAGGUCCCUUAAAUUGGGAGCCUAGCUUUUAUAGAGGUGACUAUAAACGAACAGAAUAUUUGG